AUGAACAUUGUGAACAAAUAUCUAGGUCCGUACACUCUUUACAACACUGCUUACAGCAUAUACACUGUUCGCCGUCACACCUUCUGCGACUUAGACGGCACUUACAGGCACCACUCAUCUUUCCUUAUAUACCUUGCCCUCAACCUACAAAACCAUGAACCACGUACCUCAGCCAAGGACACUGCCUUCUCCCAUCGGCUGCACCACCAACAGGGCUACCUUCAUCCAGCACACCUCCAGUCACAUCACAACUAUGCAGCUAUCACAACUGAAGUACAACCAAGAUAA